GGAGCGCGAGCAGGCUGCCUCGCAGACUUCUCUCAAUACAGUCAGAGUGAACUGCGGGGGCACGCGGAGUGGAUUUCUGCAGUCACCGACAGCGGAAAGAGCCUCAAAUAACGAUUUUUUUAUUGAGCUGUUUCGACUCAAAGACCCGCUUUUGUGUUAUUUUUCGCUUGUUUGUUUUGGAACUCGAAAAACAGAACUUCUCUUGAGUUUGGAGAAAAUUUUUUCAGAUAUGGACAGUCGGCGACCCGCUGCAGGGAGCGACUGGCCAGUGUACCCUCAGUAGACUUGGGAAUAAAACUGUGAACUCGCCUUCUGGCUUUUUUUUACUGGAUGUUUCAUGAAGCGCUUCGCAUUUUUGGUCAGUUCUGGGACACCGUGGAUUUACCAGGUUCGGAAACGGAUAGAUACUCGUGACUCACUGUCGACGACCAGAAGGAUUUACGCUUCUAAAGUUGAAGGGAAAACAUGGAGACUGUAAAUCGGCAGAGCUUCCAGCCUCACCCGGGACUGCAACAAACUCUCAAGCAGUUUCACCUCAGCUCUAUGAUCUCUCUGGGCGGACCGGCGGCUUUCUCUGCCCGGUGGCAACAUGAGCUCCUGUUCAAGAAGGACGGAAAGGAGCCCGAGCCGGCUCUGCAGCAUCUGCCGCCCCCGGUGAUGCCGGGCCCGCUGUUUAUUCCGUCGGACCGCUCCACUGAGAGGUGCGAGACUGUGCUGGAGAGCGAGACCAUCUCCUGCUUCGUGGUCGGCGGGGAGAAGCGACUGUGUCUGCCGCAGAUCCUCAACACGGUGCUGCGGGACUUCACCCUGCAGCAGAUCAACUCAGUUUGCGAUGAUCUGCACAUCUACUGCUCCCGGUGCACGGCGGACCAGCUGGAGAUCCUCAAAGUCAUGGGGAUCCUGCCCUUCUCUGCACCGUCCUGCGGUCUCAUCACCAAGACGGACUCCGAGCGGCUCUGCAACGCCCUGAUCUACGGAGGCGCCUACCCUCCGCGCUGCAAGAAGGAGCUGAGCGGAGGCUCCCUGGAGCUGGAGCUCACUGAGAGGAGCUUCAAAGUCUAUCACGAGUGUUUCGGCAAGUGCAAGGGGUUGUUCGUGCCGGAGCUGUACACCAACCCCAACGCAGCGUGCAUCCAGUGCAUGGACUGCAGACUCAUGUACCCUACCCAUAAGUUCGUGGUGCACAGUCACAAGGCACAGGAGAACAGGACUUGCCACUGGGGAUUCGACUCGGCCAACUGGAGGGCGUACAUUCUCCUGGGCCAGGAUUACUCGGGGAAAGAGGAGAAGGCCCGUAUGGAGCAGCUCCUGGACGAGAUCAAGGAGAAAUUUGACUUCGCCAACAAGUACAAGAGGAAAGCAUCGUCCAGGUUCAUCCCUGGGAUCAGGGAGGUCACUGAUACCAGAGCUUACUCCAAUGGAAGCCCCCUCCCCCAUCAUCAUCAUCUGACCUGUAUGGGCCUCUCCCAGAAUCCAACAGUGGAACAAAAUGUCCGGCUCCUGAGUGGAAAGUGCCAGUACGUGCUGGCUAGCCGGCUCAACUUUGAGGCUGCCCAGCGCCCUGCAGGGAACCAAAGGGCCUCUUUGUGCUCUGCGCUCACAAAGAUGUACCCCGAGCAGCAAAAAACUACACCCUAA